AGUUGACCUGCAUAUAGCGGUCACCUGUAUAUAACGGACGCGGUCACCCUUUGACUUCCUGAAUCCACAAUUUCAUUACCUUUUACCUGUAUAUAACGGUCACGAAAUUGGGUCACGAUUAACGAAUAAUGACAAGCUUUAUUCAUCAGCUCGUUAAAUAGCAGCCACCAAGGAAGGGGUCUCACAAAAAUCCAAAUAUUAGUACAACUACUAAUCCAUGUCAUCGCCUACGUCCAACACAUGCUUGUGGCAGAUGACGUUAAAGUGUCGUCGCUUUCAAACAAUAGUUACUCUAACUGUAACAACACAACCGUAACCACACUGUUUUCACUUUCGUAAUAGUUACCUGAUUAUAACAUUGUACUGUACUUAUCUGUUUCAAAUUGUUGCCAAUAAAUGUAAAUUGAGUGAUUUCCACUUAAAAACGUUGUUCAUUAGCUUUUAGUAGACUUUUACUGCACCUCCCUAAAAGUACACCAUGGACAUUUUAUGGGCCUUUUUUAUCGUGUUUAUUACGUUACUGUUACUCGUUAUUGUCAAUGAAACGUUAAUUGAGUAAUUAUUUGUACAUAAAAAUGCUAUUUAUUGACUUCCAGGGGAGUUUAAAGGAAACCCGUGUACAGCGGUCACCUGGCCAUGUCCCAAGGGUAACCGUUAUGUACAGGUUUGACUGUAGCUUACAUAACGAGUUUAGAGUUUUCAGCUUAUUGCCCAAGAAAGCUCCGGCAUUUGGACAAGCCCAAAUAUUGUGCGCCCCGGGAAUUGCGAAGACACGUAUCACGCAGGCUGUGCUUGAAAAUAAGGCCGGAUGCAUGCAUGUCCACUGAACGUAAAAAAACAAAAGCCUGUGACAGAAACAAAUGCUUUCUUCGCCACAAAGCGAGAAGGUGAAUACACUUUUACCCAGUUCAGUUUUCUAAACUGGACCACGACGAAAAAAAAAACCAUCCUUUUAAAAGCUUGAACCCUUAAACUAAACCAAGAGAUUAUGUCUCUUGCCCAAACUAAAUCAGAAGCAAAAUGCUCAAAAAGGCCUCUGCACUAAGUGGGUUUUGUAUUGGCUCCUGGAGAGUUUAACCUAAAAUAGCAUGGUCUGUUUUUAAGUCUUAAACUUAUGUAAACUGAUGUAAAUAUUUGGGCUUGUCUAAAUGCCGGAGCUUUCCUUACCUGCCCCUCCCCCCUGUCACUAAUUUUUUUGUUACCUCUGUCCCCGUGCCCUCGCGCGACUCCUGCUUGCCUGAAAGGAAACGGAAAAGACUGCUACGCAGGCUAUACCGAUGGCAUAAGUCAGGCCGGUCACUCCCAGGUCCCACACAGUCUUCUUAGCCCAUAUCCAUUAUCGUUUGUAACGCAACACCACUUACGUAACACUUGAUUCCAGUGGUUUUAGCCGAAGGAAAUUUUGGUUGAAGUUAUCCAAAUCGAUUGCGGAAUGAUCCUGGAGGCGGCCAUUUUGAUUAUUCUCCUCGUACUGGGCUGGCGGUUGUUUCUCGUCCCUUCACCAAAAAACCUUCCACCGGGCCCCCGCCCCUAUCCCCUGAUUGGUAACUUAACUCAGUUGGUGGGUAAGCCGAUUCAUUUGGCCGUGACCGACCUCGCAAAGGAAUACGGGAAGAUCUUCACGUUGUAUUUACCAGGUGGUCAGCGGUGUAUCCUAGUCAAUUCCAUUAGUCUGGCCCGUGAGGCUUUGCUGUCCAAGAAGGACGAUUUUGCCGGGAGACCCCGCACGUUCAUCGGAGAUUAUCUCACCCGAGAAGCCAAGGACAUAUUCUUUGCGGACUUGUCACCGACUAUGAUCCUGCAGCGGAAACUCACCCAUUCUGCACUGCGCAUGUACGGAAGUGGACUCAAGCACUUGGAGGGAAAGAUAAACGGUGAAGUAGAGCAGUUGUUCAAAAGAUUCUCCGCCCAUCAGGGAAAGGCAGUCGAUCCUACCGACGACAUCAGCCUCAUGGUUUUGAACGUCAUUUGCGCUCUCGUUUACGGGCAAAGUUACGAUCUUGAAGACGAAGAAUUUCAGCUGAUAAUGAAGUACAACAAUCACUUUGUUCGUUUGUUUAAAGGAUUCAAUAUCUUAGAAAUGAUGCCCUGGUUGCGCUAUCUUCCGAUCGAAGAAGGAAGAAUCCUUCGCGAGGCGAAAGAAUUGCGGGACCUUGUACUGAAUGCGAAAUACCGCGAACACAAAAGAAAGUUUGAUGGCGACCUAGACAAGGACGGGAUAAAAAUUAACGACUUGACUGACGCGCUGUUGAAGGCGUAUUAUGACGCGCAAGAAGAAGAUGGAAAAAUCUCACAGCUGCUGUCUGAAGAUCACUUAUUAAUGAUCGUCAAUGACGUUUUCAACGCCGGCAUUCAGUCCACGACAGCAACGUUGCUAUGGUUACUUGCGUACAUGGUUAAUUACCCAGACAUCCAAGCGCGCGUCCAUGCGGAGAUUGACGAAGUCAUUGGUCGAGAUCGCAAGCCUCGUCUCGAUGACCGUGGCAAUCUUCCUUAUUUGGAAUCCACAGUGGCAGAGGUGCUUCGCAUUGCGACAACCACGCCUCUGUCCAUCCCCCACAAGUCGACGCGGGAGAGUACUCUGGGGGGAUAUAACAUACCGAAAGAUACCAUGAUGAUGACGAAUUUGUGGGCGAUCCAUCAUGAUCCGGAGGAAUGGGAAAAACCAGAUGUGUUUCAACCGGAGCGCUUUCUUGAUGCCAAAGGAAAGUUUUCAGCUUCGGGUCCGUGGGGAUUUCGCAGCUAUCUACCUUUCAGCGCCGGUCGACGCGUGUGUCUGGGGGAGUCACUUGCCAAGACUGAGCUGUUUUUAGUCUUCGCCAGGCUCCUGCAUCAGUUCACGUUUGAGUGUGCGCCGGGAAAACCACUGCCCGAUCUGGAAGGUCACCCUGGUGUUGUGCUUGUUCCUAAAUCUUAUGAAAUCAGCAUUAAGAACAGAAUUGAUUCCAAUUCAAUUUAGUGUUAUAAUAUUUACUUUCUUGGCUUUCUACCACGCCCGCUUUGAGCUUGACUGUGGACGUAUUUCACGCACUUCAACUGGCACUUUUUACGAAGCCUGACUGACCAUAAACGUACGAUGGGAACAAUGGCUUCAUAUCAGUCUUAAAAGCGAAGUUGAUAUAACUUUUUUAGUUUAUUCUUUCUGAAGAUAUUUCAAACGACAGGAAAGAGUUUUGAAAAGUACUUCCCAUUAAACCGACUGAACUAGCUGGACGUUUCAGUAAAAGAAAGAUAUGUUUCGAAUUAUUUCCAUAAGAUAUGUUAACUACUUAACUAUUGCUGUACAGAAAGUAAGCAUUCUCAUUAGUAGGCAAAUUUAACUGACUGUUUCGCGGGAUUAAAAUUAACCCCUUUAAGAAACUUCGCUAUUUAUUGCUGGCCAGUGACAAUUACAAUAUUUUACUCAAGCUCCUCCAAUACUGUAAUUAGUAUUUUGGGCAAGUUAAUAUUUUCAAUUUUAAGGGAGCUCAGUCAUGGAAACCUGAAUAUAGCAGUUUACUAAGAUAGUAAAAACACCAAAGAGAUGAUCAUAAACCAUAACGGAACAGGGAUGGUUAAGGAUGGAGAAGAUUAACACGGAUUACAAAUGAUGAACUUAGCUUCAAAAAUUUAGGCUAAACUUUUCAGGAUACGCAAACCGUAACAUAGCAUCUUUAAGGAAAACAGUGUUGCUUUUGUGUUUGAAAAAACAAAUGUAGAAUACAUUGGAAGCCCUCGAACAGGGAGACUCUGGAGUGAAA